AUGGUUUUCGCAUCGGGUCCUUGGCUGCUCGCCGUGCUGGUGCUGGCGGCGGCCGCGCCCGACUGGAGCGACUGCCCGUCGGCCUGCCAGUGCAAGUGGACCGGCGGCAAGAAGUCGGCGCUGUGCCGCGCCGCCGGCCUCUCCGCCGUGCCCAACGCGCUCAGCGCCGAGAUGCAGCUGCUCGACCUCUCCGACAACCGCAUUCCCUACCUGACGCGCGACGCCUUCCGCUCCGUGGGGCUCAUCAACCUGCAGAAGAUAUUCGCGCGCCAGGCCGGCGUGCGCGAGGUGCACCGCGACGCCUUCCGGGACCUCAUCAUACUCGUCGAGGUGGACCUGUCCGGGAACGCGAUAGCGGCGCUGCAGCCGGGCACGUUCUCCGGCAACGACCGGCUGCGCAUGCUGUCGCUGAGCCACAACCCGCUGUCGGAGCUGGUUGAGGGCCAGUUCCCCACGCUGCCGCACCUGCGCACGCUGGACCUCUCCCACUGCCGGCUGGCGCGCGUCCACCCGGCCGCCUUCGCGCGCCUCUCGGCGCUCGAGACGCUGCAUCUCAACAACAACCGCCUCCAGCAGCUGGACGCCGCCGCGCUGAACGUCGCCGCCGCCACGCUCAAGGCGGUGGCGCUGGACAGCAACCCGUGGCGCUGUGACUGCGGGCUGCGCGCGCUGCGCGAGUGGCUGCUGGCGCGCACCCUUCACGGCGCGCUGCCGCCCGCCUGCGCCGCCCCCGCCGCCCUCGCCGGCCGCCCCUGGCCCGACGUGCCCGCACACGACUUCGCCUGCGCGCCCGAGGUCAGCCUCGCCGACCACAUGAUCCAGGCUGAGCUGGGCGGCAACGUGACGUUCCGGUGCCACGUGACGGGCGAUCCGGAGCCGACGCUGGUUUGGCUGGUGAACGGGCGCGCGCUGGGGGCGGGCAACGCCUCUGGCCCGGAGGCGGUGCCGCAGCUGGAGGAGGAGGCGGACGCUGACGGCCGCGGCCGCUGGUACAGCCUCAGCCUCUACAACGUGUCCGAGGCCGACGCCGGGGACUACGCCUGCGUCGCCACCAACAUCCGCGGCCGCGCCUCGGGCAACGCAUCGCUGCUGCUGCCACAGGUGGUGACGGCGACGACGCUGAGCAAGGCGGACGGCUGGCUGGUGUGGGCGGGCGUGGCGGCGGGCGGCGGCGUGGCGCUGGGCGGCGCGCUGCUCGCCGUGGCGUGCAGCGUGUGCGCCGCCUGCCGGCCGGGGCGCGGCCGCCGCCACCGCCACCGCGGCCGCCACAAGCGCCGCAAGCCGGGCUCCGCCGGCCUCAAGGGCAGCGUCAGCUUCACCGACCAGGAGAAGAAGCUGCUCGACGCCAGCAUCACCACCACCGAGCGGCCCUCCUGCAGCGAGGGGCUCGCCGGCUCCCAGCCCGACAUGGAGCUGCUCGAGCAGCAGGUGAGCGCGGUGCCGCCGCCGGUGCACAUCACCAUCGAGAGCCACCCCAGCCUGCCGGGGGCAGGCGAGCCGGGGGCGUGCGCGGGGGCGGCCGGGGGCGGCGCCUACCCGGGGGCGCUCUCCGUCUUCCCGCCGCCGCCCGCAGAGUUUUCCACCAGCGUGCUGCCCGCCGGCGCCUUCGGCAACAUCUUCAUCUCCGUCUCUGUGAGUCAGCCUGUGGAACCAGAGCAGCGCUACCCGGACCUGCUGGACAUCCCGCACCGCGGCAAGGCGGCCAGCGUGAGCGUGGCGGCGGGGCCCGACGCGCCCUUCUACGUGCCGCGCGUGCUGGCCGCCCACGCGUACGCGACGCUACCCAGGGCGAGGCCGGGCGCCACCCAGCGCAAGGAGGAGGUGGUUCCGCCGCCGCUGGCGCAGCCGCCGCCGCCGCACGGGCAGCCGCACUACGACAACAUGGGCCCGCGCGUCACCGCCGGCGGCAGCUCCACGCUGUCGCUGCCCGACGCGCUGCCCCCGGACAGCGAGGCCGACGCCGACGCCGACGCCCCCGACGACAUCCCGCCGCCCCCGCUGCCCCCAAUGUGCUCCCCUCUGCCGGCCGAGUAUGUCGCCCUCUGAGGCCCACUCACCGUCGACGUCGAUUUGAAUCUUUGCCUCGCCCGCAGGACGACGCCAGAGGACGAUCGUGUCUUUGCUACUCCUCUGCGUGUGGCAGUUUCGCACAGUGGCGUAGGCAACUCCUCUGAGCUUUGCCACUAUUAAUUGGACUUAAUUGUCGUGCUAUGGUAUCCUCCCUUACACCAUAACAAACCAUCACAAGGACAUAUAGAGGCCAAAUCAUAUAACGCAUGACACUCCUGUUGCUCAUCACACGUGGGAAAACUAAAUUGCAGACGAGACCUCAUUCUUGCACUGCUACAAUCGGUUUGCAAUUACCAUCAGCAACACCCGAGUUCGUUUCAUAAAUCGUCUAUAAGUUUCAACUUAUUCUGGUUGAUUUCUAAUAUACCCAGUUGAAAUUACGAGUGUUCGUAACGGAAUUUCAGUUCAGUCAUACUACACCAUUUGGAACACUUGGUGUUGCCUCAUUAUUGACCUCAAAGCUUCAACUUGAUGGUAGCAUCACUUAAAUAUCAUGUACAGGGUGCCCAGAAAACAUCGUCAAACUUUAGGGACAGGUUCCUUACAGCUAAAUAAGAAAAAAAAGUCCAGUAAACGAGGGCUCUAAAGCUCAUCUUAAGAGAUAUGAGCACUUCUUUAUCUUCGAUAAUAAGAAACACCUCUUCUGCUAUGGACGAAAACAAGAAAAAUAUGUGUGGUUAACAUGGGAUCUAAAAUACAUAUUUUAAGAGCUGUGAGCACUCGUUCAGCAGAAGAAAUGUGUUCACACUAGCAAAGAUGAACGAGUGAUCAUAGCUUUUAAAGUUUGUAAUCUUGAGCCUUUGUUGACUAGACAAUUUUUUCUUAUUGGGGUCAAUACUUUCUCCACCCAAAAUUUGGAAAGCAAAAACCUUGCAGUAGAAGAUAUCUGUAUCAUAGUAUCGAAGAUGAAGAGGGCUCAUACCUCUUAAGGUAUGCAUUUUAGAGCCCAUGUCUACUAGGCAUUUAAUGGGUAUAGGUUCAGAUAUAUUUAUUUGUGACUCAGGAUGGUGUACUGAGUAGUAUAACGUCAGUAUUUAGCGAUUUUCGUACUAAUAAUUGUGGCUAUUACAAGUCGUAUGUUUUAGUGUUAAAACCGGUUCUCAUCAGAUCUCCGAAGUUAAGCGCUGUCGGGCUGGGCUAGUAUUUGGAUGGGGGACCGUCCGGUCUGCCGAGCGCUGUUGGUUUGCGGGGUGCACUCAGCCCUUGUGAGGCAAACUGAGGACCUACUUGUCUGAGAAGUAGCUCCUCCGGUCAGGAAAACUGACGACGGCCGGGAGAGCGGUGUGCUAACCACAUGCCCCUCCGUAUCAGCAUCCAGUGACGCAUCUGGGCUGAGAGAAUGACGCGGCGGGUGGUCGGCACCAUUGUGCCUUCCGAGGCCUGUUCGGACGGAGUAUAGUUAAUUUAAUUCCUGCAAGUACACAUGGCGCAAGGCAACCACUAAUGUUCAUUAUCCCCACUUCAGCAGGUCAGACAUUGAAGUGUGGAUGUAUGGACGCAUAAAAGAAAGUCUAUACUGCCAGGCAUCGUUCUCUUCGUGCCACAGAAACAUAAGAGAAUAACAUUUGUGACUUUUUUGUGGGAAGUGUGUUCGACGCAGUGGAAAAACAGCCGACAUAUUAACGUAUGUACAUGUUAAGAUGCCCAAAUAAAAAUAUUUGCGAUUAUACCAGUUACAUCCUGCAUAAACCUGGGAGUUUUCUAAGCAGAAUUUCAUUUUGGAUUCGUGGGUAGUACUCUACCACUAGAGACACCCGAGCUUACUUCAUCUAUAACCUUAGAUCUUCACCUUGCUCUGGGCUUACUUUCGAUACUUCCGACUGAAAUUCUACUUGGGACGAAUUUGGUAGAUAAAAGUAUGGCUUUCCCAGCUCCGUUUUGUGGGAGGUAGAUACAAAUGGAAAAACAUGGUGUCGAUUCCAUGGGCAAGGAUCUACCAUUAGAAACUCUCGAUCGUAUUUCUCAGAUAACCCAGAAGUUACCGUUUGCGCGUUGCUCUUCUCCGACAGACACAAAUGAAAUUCAAUUUAGGAAGUGAUACUGACGGGUAGAACGGUGGCACUCCCGUCUCCGUUGCAUGAGAGCGAGACAUGGAUGACAAAUACGCAGAGAUGAAUCCACUGGCAGAACUCAACUAUUAAAAAGCUCAAGCUUGCCUUUGUUCACUAGACAUUUUUCUUAUUGGGGUAAAUACUCUCUCCACCAAAAAUUUGGAAAGCAAAAACUGAACUUCUCUCGUGGCUCGUUUCUAAAACCCCUAAUUAAAAGUCUACAUUUGAAAUAAAUUUCAGAGGCAAAGGAACAGGUUUCCGAGAGCUACAAAUACAGAAACAUGAAUGUAUAAACGCUAGGAUCAAUGACAGAUCCAAGCUGCAGAAAUGAGAUUCCUUCGUGCAGUUAAGGGUUGCUCCGAAUGAUGUAACAAAGGAAACCAUAGAAUUGUAAAAUUUGUAGACACGCUGUAGCAGACAAAAUUAACGAAUAAGGAUAAAACGUAUGCUGAGCUUGGUUGCAAAUCAAAUCCCAACAUUGGCUAUACGUUACACCCCUCAGAAAGACGCAGUAUGGGAAAUCUCAGAAAAAAAAUGGUCUGUUAAACCUGGGAAGCUAACGGCGGAAAGUUAACGUCUUGGGUCGACACGUGAAGCCUGCUCGGGUGUUGCGAAAGGUUCAGAAUAAUAGGAAAAUGAAACUUAACUGGACUCCAUAGGACACAUAGUUCGAACUUAUAACAUACAUGUUGAUUUAGCUGCCCCUACCACUGGGUUUCAUACAAUCCACAACACUUUGAAAUAUCAAGCACAAGAUUUUCAUAUUCUAUAGGUCGCUACAUGUAAAUCAGUAGUUCAACAGAAAAACUGAACAGGACCUCUUUGUAGGAAAUUUGAUGUCGUUAAAUUUUGUACUGGGAUACGUUACCGCUACAGGCUGUAGUUCUCGUUUAGAUCAAGGAAAAUGUACAGAAGUCAGCUUCAAGCGCCUUUUCCUGGAAUGCUCGAAAACCGUGGCCCCCAGCGGAAACGUUUCCCAAUACAAAGUUUAACUAUAUUAAAUUUUGUACGAAAUGCUCCUUUCAUUUUUUCUGUAUGACUAAUGAUUUGCGUGUAACAAGUAAGAGAAUAUCAGAAUCUUGUGCACGGUAUUUGAAAAUGUUGUAGGUUGCAUAAAAUCCAGUGGUAAAUCAGCUGAAUCACGCAGUAUACACCACGCUGUAUGUUCUUUCCAAACUAUAAAAUUAUUCAUCUACCUGUUCAUCUUCCACCUUGAAGCAUAAGAAGACUUCCUUUGCAUUUUAGAUGUUAGAUGCAACGAAUUUAAUACCUUCACAGCUGUUUGUUGAUAUAUACACUCAAUUUCAAAUACCAAGUGGCUUUCGUUUAAGAUUUAUGGUAAUUGAAGAUAAUUUUCUAUUGCAAGGGUACCGUGGGAUCACAGAUUUUACUUGUCCACAAGUGUUUUCCUUAUAACAACAGAGUAUCUGAUAAUACCUCAGCUGUCUCCAAAAUCAAAAUUGUCUUAUAUACUAAUUAAUUUAUAUCUAUGAACACUUUUUCUUUUGAUAGUUAUGAGUCUCCAAAAAAGUUGCACACAGCCCCAUUAUAAAUCAAAGUAGGCCUUGCGCUUACCUGGUAGUAAGCUGAGAAAAGAAAAAUACUUCCUUUCUUCUUAGACCUGUCCUUUGCAAUGGAUGUAGAAUCCUAAUAUUCAUACCUGUAAUGGUUACUACAAGUGCUAGUUUACACAUUACAACAAUUGAUGAACUGAUUCCGUACUGUUUUCAACUGAAGCAACUAAAGUGGUUGCAAUUUCCAAUUCAAUUCUCUCUCAACAAUCAAGGCAGAAAUAGCUUAUUGAACAAAACAUCACAAAUAAAUCAAAGCCUUCAGCUUGCCAUUAAUGGGUGUGAUUUAAAACAUACUAAAAUUUCAUUUUCAAAUCAGGUUUUAAUUCAGCUUCCACAGCUUGUUAUUUUUUAUUUCUUCAUGCCUAAAACUCAGCACACACUGGUGAAAAUUAAACGGAUUGUUGCAGUCGGUAUGAACUGCAAAAAAUCUUGCUUUGUUCUAUUCCUAUAGCUCCUCCACAUUUGCAGCAUUCUAUCACACUUAUUCUUAUGGAUAUCUGCGUUUUUCUUCGAGUGAACAGUUCACUCACGCACGCACACACACACACACACACACACACACACACACACACACACACACACACACCAAAUACGGCGUAUUUGAGUGACACCACACCACAAGAUAAAUCCUUCCCUUUUUUAAAAAAAGAAAGAUCCUUUUUAUCCUUCAGUGUCCAUUACCAAACUUGAUUAUGAAAGCUCAGAAUUGAAUCGUUUACAGAUUUGUAGGACUGGUGACUUUAAAAGCGCAGUCUGCAUGAAGAUCGGCACAGCAGAACAGACAUUGCAAAGGCCGUCGACUCUGUUUAUGACUCUAAUGACUCAGGACCUCUUUUGUGUCCUAUCAGGAACUAUGAAAAUAGAUGCAUAUUCGGUCGAGUGGAGGUACUUGAGAAUAAGUGUAUAGUGUUCUAUUUCAGUGACUUACGGUGACUUUUUCAGACAGUGAAUGUGUGGGCAUCUUUUUGUUGCAAUCACAGAAGUGUGCAAUAGAUAUCUCAGGAAGUGGACUUAGCGAUAUGACACUUCUCUGCUCCAGUGUGAUUGUUAAAACGGCUGCCAAGAUUUUGAGAUAUAGAGCGAUGAGGUACUCCACCUGGAACGAGUUAGCGCCGAAAUGAAACUAACUGUAAUAUUAUGUGUAUCUUGUAUUCUUAGGUGUAUAUAUGACGGAGGUGUCAGAACAACCAAUGCUUUUUUAUGGUGUUAGUAAUUUGUGAGCCAGUGCUGAAAGCAGGCCUAUUAACAGGUGAGUGUCCAAGUAAGACAAAAACAAGAAUCCCUUUCCAAUGAGUAGUCUGUUGAUCGUCUAGUUUUAAAUGUAAAAGAGUGGAGACUGACAAAAUAAAUUAAGAGAAUUUAUUAUCGUAACAGUUAACUUGAUUAUUUUACUAAUCACUUACGAAAAGAAAAUUUUAUAUUCCACUACUUUCGACUACUAGUCUAUAUGCAACUAACUCAGACUCCUGUCAAUAUUAUUCCACGUAAGUACUGUAAUAACCUCCUGUCUCCUUACAGCACUCAUGUUUUCAUCAAACAAGACAAUUUUCUCCCUAAAUGCUUAAACAGUAACAGUUUAUUUCAGAGACCGUUGGCUCUAGGACGGAAAAAAGUUGUGUUAAAUCCUGUACUGUUGUAUUCUCCUAUGACCACUUACCACCUUUAAAAGUUCUCACCUGAUCUGCUGAUAGCUGAAUGCUUUGUAAAUAUCGAUUCAGUGUUCCUGUUACAGUAACCUUGUAUAUAAUGUGUUUCAGCGUGUUUGCUUUAUAGCGAAGUGCAGAGAAUGUGUAAAUAUAUCAGACUUUUUUUGAAACCCACGUAAAAAAAAGAUUUUUUUACAAAAGUUUUUUUUUUCUACGUAAGUUCAUUUAAGACACAGAAAACAGUUAUUCUUCCUGCAAAUUUUCCCAUGUUUGUCUUGUGGUAUAAUACAAUUAAUCUACUUGACUAAUUUAUUAAACAGCACAGAAUCAUUCAGCACUUAUUGUAUUGUUUGGAGAAAGCUGUACAACAUUUUUCCUAUCAACAGGGAAUGUUGAUUGGCUAUCUUCAUAAAUGUUUGCGAACAUCAAUGUAGUCGCAUGGAAAUGACUUUCAAAUGCUGUCUGACAGGUUUUCUUAUUUUCUACCUCCGAGGACAUUUUAAUACGUCGUUCUCCUUCUUCACUUAAUGAGCUCCCUGUAUAAUAUAUUUUGACAAAACGUCACACAGAAACCAGAUAAAAAUUUUUAAAAGUAACGUUUUAGUUCAUACAUCGUCCAUUCCUUUUUAACACCAACAGAAUAUAAGAAUUAAGAAACACAUUUUACUUGUUAGAAACUUCGGAAUAAUGAAGAAGGAAUAGAUAUAAUUCGACGGAUAUGUGACUUUUUAGACGUAUCUCGAGAGUUCUUUUAAAGGUGUAAAAGGUCAUAUUAUAAAUAAUGUUUAUAUUACUUUAUACAAUAGAGUAGAAUUGAUGCAAUAUAGAACACUGUCAAUUACCUGUCACUGUAUUCCUUAAUUAUGUAAGUAAUCUAGUUUCAGUUGUACUAAUUUCAUGUAACGAAGAAAAAUAACCAUAUACAAGUAAUUUAACGCUGCAUGUACAUCCGCAGCAGUUUUCUAUUAUGUUAACGUGCUCUUAAAACUGGUCAAAUUUGAGUACUAAAAUUAAGCGGAAUGUAAUCAUUAUUAUGUGUUUGUUAAAACAAUAUUUGAUUCUCCUGUGCAUACAGAGAGAAGAUUCUCAAUAGUUACUGCAUUGAAUUCUAUUUUGAAUUUGUAAGUUUAGAAACAAAUCAGAAUAAAUUGAAUAAUUACAU